AUGUUUUGUCUUGUUUAUCUUCCUCUUUCCCUCCACAGCAUCCCUACUACCUUCAGCACCACAGCUGUUCAUAUGGAUCAAAACAACACUAAUAUCACUCACUGUCCCAAGGAAGAAUCCAAGGAAUGGGUUGCCAUAUAUGUCUUUCUCAUUGCUGUGCUAGGAAUUUUGUUAAAUGUGUUUGUCCUGAUGGUUUUCUUCUUACACAAGAAGGCCUUAACCGUGGCUGAGAUCUACUUAAGCAGCCUGGCUGCUGUCGACCUUGUUCUGGUUUCUUGUCUGCCCUUCUGGGGUGUCGUCAUAAUCAAGAAAUUUCACUGGCCCUUUGGUAAUCUCAUGUGUAAACUGGUCAACAUGGGCAUCAACAUGAACGUCGGCUGCAGCAUCUACUUCCUUGUUCUGAUUGUGAUAGAUCGUUAUAUGGCACUGGUGCACCCACUAUCCAAUGACAGAUUUCGUAGGCCAAAAUAUGCCAAACUGGGAUGUCUGCUGGUAUUGGGUUUUGGCGUACUCCUGGGUGUUCCCACAUUCAUCUUCAGGAAAACAGGAUAUGACAAUGUUAAUAACAUUACUGUUUGCUAUAUGGAUUACCCUAACCCUAGAAACACUGUACACGUGUCGUAUGAGGGGAUACUCAUCUUCUUAAGGUUCAUCCUUCCCAUCUGCAUAAUUUCCUACUGCACUCUAAAGAUCAUUAAAACUUUGAAUAAUCGAGUGAUGCAGGUAUCAAACAAUCAGAAAACGGAGCACAAGGCAACAACUCUGGUACUGGUGGUACUCGUGGCAUUCCUGAUCUGUUGGGUGCCAUUCCACCUUCAUAAGAUACUGGAUACAUUAUAUAGAGUUGAUAUCCUGGAAGGAUGUGACACUUUCUCCAUCCUAUAUAUCUAUGGCCAGAUUGCCACUUACUUUGCUUAUUUCAACAGCAUUCUCAACCCCAUCCUCUACAUCAUUGUGGGAAAGAACUUUAGGAAAAAAGUUAAGGAGCUCUUCAAACAGCGUACCAUUACGAGAACAACUUUAAGCCUUACCUCUAUGCGCACCACCCUGAUGAGAAGUGUUCAAAGUAAGGAUAGCUCAAGCUGA